UUGGAGGAGUCUGGGAUCCCGGAGUCCUACUCAGCCAGAGCAGCGAAGGACCAGUUGCCCAGCAGCCGACUGACCUCGCUGAAGAUGAAGGUUCUGUGGGCCGCUUUGGUGCUGGCACUCCUGACAGGAUGCCUGGCCGAUGUGGAGGAGGUGAAGGAGGAGGUGAAGGUGGUGCAGGAGCCAGAAUGGUGGCAGGCCAACCAGCCCUGGGAGCAGGCGCUGGGCCGCUUGUGGGAUUACCUGCGCUGGGUACAGACGAUGUCUAACAAAGUACAGGAGGACCUGCUCGGCACCCAGGUCACUGAGGAGCUGACGAUGCUGAUGGAGGAGACCAUAAAGGAGGUGAAAAUGUACAAGGAGGAUCUGGAGAAGCAGCUGGGCCCGGUGACCCAGGAGGGUCGCAGCCGCCUGACCAAGGAGCUGCAGGCGGCGCAGGCCCGGCUGGAGUCCGACAUGGAGGACGUGCGCACCCGCCUGGUCCAGUACCGCAGCGAGGUGCAGACCAUGCUGGGCCAGAACUCCGACGACGUGCGGGCCCGCCUGGCCUCCCAGCUGCGCAAGCUGCGCAAACGGCUGCUCCGCGACGCCGAGGAGCUGCAGAAGCGCCUGGCCCUCUACCAAGCCGGGGCCCGCGAGGGCGCGGAGCGCGGGGCCAGCAUCAUCCGUGAGCGCCUCUUGCCGGUCCUGGAGGAGAGCCACGUGCGGGCCGUCACCGCCAGCCAGCCGCUGCGGGAGCGGCUGGAGGCCUGGGGCCAGCAGCUGCGGGGCAAGCUGGAGAUGGUGGGCAGCCGGGCCCGCGACCGCCUGGACGAAGUGCGCGAUCAGAUGGAAGAGUUGCAGGCCAAGGUGGAGGAGCAGACCAACCAGAUGCGCCUGCAGGCCGAAGCCUUCCAGGCCCGCCUCAAGAACUGGUUCGAGCCCCUGGUGCAAGGCAUGCAGACCCAGUGGGACGAGCUGGUGGCGAAGAUGCAGAGCACCUUGGGCACCAGCGCCGCGGAGGUGCCCAUCGAGAAUCAAUGAGUGCUGGCCAUGCCUCCUGGUGGACCCCGCUCCUGCCACCUCGGCGCCCCUGCCUCGCCAGCCAGCGGGGCCCUGGCCCUGCCCCCACUGCCUCCCCGGCAGGCCCCGGCUUAAUAAAGGUUCAGCAAACUUCACCGCA